UUGCUGGCCGAGGCGCACUUCCGGGCACAGUAGCGGCGUGACGUCAGCCGGAGGGCAGAGAAGCCUGAGGUCCCUUUGGCAGACCCUGCAGGAGGGCAGGACUGGUCCGUGCACCCACGAGAGGAAUUUCAGGUUGGCCGCCUUGGCGAGGACCAGUAGGCGGCUCCCAGGAUGGGUGAAAGGAAAGGUGUGAACAAGUACUACCCUCCAGAUUUCAACCCUGAAAAGCAUGGCUCUCUCAAUCGAUACCACAACAGCCACCCUCUUCGGGAGCGGGCUCGGAAGCUGUCCCAGGGCAUCCUCAUCAUCCGGUUCGAGAUGCCGUAUAACAUCUGGUGCGAUGGCUGCAAGAACCACAUCGGCAUGGGUGUCCGCUACAAUGCAGAGAAAAAGAAAGUUGGCAACUACUACACCACCCCGAUCUACAGGUUCCGGAUGAAAUGCCACCUGUGCGUCAACUACAUUGAGAUGCAGACGGACCCUGCCAACUGUGACUAUGUGAUCGUGAGUGGUGCCCAGCGCAAAGAGGAGCGCUGGGACAUGGCGGACAACGAGCAGGUGCUGACCACAGAGCAUGAGAAGAAACAGAAACUGGAGACGGACGCCAUGUUCCGCCUGGAGCAUGGCGAGGCGGACCGCAGCACGCUCAGGAGGGCGCUCCCCACCCUGAGCCACAUCCAGGAGGCCCAGAGCGCCUGGAAGGACGACUUCGCCCUCAACAGCAUGCUGCGGAGAAGGUUCCGGGAAAAGAAAAAGGCCAUCCAGGAGGAGGAGGAGAGGGACCAGGCCCUGCAGGCCAAGGCCAGCCUGGCCAUCCCGCUGCUGCCCGAGACAGAGGACGACCGCAGGCUGGCCUCCCUGCUCAGGUUCCACACCCUGGACUCAUACGAGGACAAGCAGAAACUCAAGCGCACGGAGAUCAUCAGCCGCUCCUGGUUCCCCUCCGCCCCGGGACUGGGCACCACCAGCAGCAAGGCCAGCAGCGUCCUGAGGAAGCUGGCCCAGGGCCGCAGGGGCGCCCCCGCCAGCUCCCCCAUCACUGUGGAGGACCUGGGCAUCGUGCGGCGCUCUCGCGAGGUUCCCGAGAACCCCCAGCACGGGGCCGAGAAACCCAAGUCGGGGGAGCCGCAGGCGCCUCGGGGGACCACCCAGGACAGACCCACCUCAUCCAAAGACAGCCGUAAGGAGACAGCUGAGAACCCGGAGACCCGUGGACAGUGGGGGCAGGAGGGGAACGGGCAGGACAAACCCCUGUCCCUAUCAGGCUCCUCCCAGGAGGCACCCGACCCCCCAGACACACCACUCCCCGGCAGCCUGAGCUCCUCUCUGGUGGCCGACUACUCCGACUCAGAGAGUGAGUGAUGGGGACUGGACCCCUCCGCAGCCAUUACAGCAUCCAGGAGGCCUUCCCGGACCGCAGACCCCUGCCCACCAGCCCUGGGCGCUCACAGGCCGCCCCGUCCCGGCCCUGGCCUUCCUGCAGCCAUGGAUUGUUAUUUAUUUGCCCUGCCGAGGGCCCUGUACCUGUGGGACCCCGGCAUCCUCACAUUAAAGCCCUGUUCCUUGC